AUGGCAGGCGCUGGUGAGCGCAAAGGCAAGAAGGAUGACAAUGGCAUUGGCACAGCCAUUGAUUUUGUGCUUUCCAAUGCCCGGCUGGUGCUGGGGGUGGGUGGAGCAGCCAUGCUGGGCAUUGCGACACUGGCAGUUAAGCGGAUGUAUGAUCGGGCCAUCAGUGCCCCUACCAGCCCCACCCGCCUGAGCCAUUCAGGGAAAAGGAGCUGGGAAGAACCAAACUGGAUGGGCUCCCCACGGCUACUGAACAAGGACAUGAAGGCAGGCCUGAGCCGGUCCCUGCAGACCCUUCCCACAGACCCUUCGGCUUUUGACACAGAUACAUUCUGCCCACCCCGGCCCAAGCCAUUGGCCAGGAAGGGCCAGGUAGACUUGAAGAAGUCACGCCUCCGCAUGUCCCUGCAGGAGAAACUUCUUUCUUACUACCGGAAGCGGGCAGCCAUCCCUGCUGGAGAGCAGGCUCGGGCCAAGCAAGCUGCAGUGGAUAUAUGUGCCGAGCUCCGUGGAUUCCUGCGGGCCAAGCUGCCUGAUAUGCCACUUCGGGAAAUGUACUUGAGUGGCAGCCUCUAUGAUGAUCUGCAGGUGGUAACAGCUGAUCACAUCCAACUCAUCGUGCCCCUCGUGUUAGAGCAGAACCUGUGGUCCUGCAUACCUGGUGAGGACACCAUCAUGAACAUCCCUGGCUUCUUCCUGGUCCGCCGUGAGAACCCAGAGUACUUUCCUCGUGGUAGCAGUUACUGGGAUCGCUGUGUUGUAGGGGGUUACCUCUCCCCAAAGACAGUGGCAGACACUUUUGAGAAGGUAGUGGCAGGCUCUAUCAACUGGCCCGCCAUAGGGUCCCUUUUGGACUAUGUGAUUCGACCAGCACCACCCCCAGAGGCCCUGACACUGGAAGUGCAGUAUGAGCGGGACAAACAUCUCGUCAUUGACUUCCUGCCAUCAGUGACCCUUGGUGACACUGUCUUGGUGGCCAGACCACACCGGCUAGCUCAGUAUGACAACCUAUGGCGGCUGAGCCUUCGUCCUGCCGAGACAGCACGCCUGCGGGCUUUGGACCAGGCGGACUCGGGCUGCCGAUCUCUGUGCCUCAAGAUCCUCAAGGCUAUAUGCAAAUCCACUCCAGCUCUGGGCCACCUCACUGCCAGCCAGCUAACCAAUGUCAUCCUCCACUUGGCCCAGGAGGAGACUGACUGGUCUCCAGAUGUGCUGGCCGAUCGUUUCCUGCAGGCCCUGAGGGGUCUUAUCAGCUACUUGGAGGCUGGAGUCCUGCCCAGUGCCCUAAACCCCAAGGUGAACUUAUUUGCAGAGCUCACCCCCGAAGAAAUAGACGAAUUGGGAUACACUCUGUACUGCUCAUUGUCUGAGCCAGAGGUGCUGCUGCAGACGUAGGGCAGGUGAAAGCCAGAGUGGGCUUGGGCGGUCAGACCCAGAGUCUCUUAGAAACACUUGGUUAUGUGGUGGUGCCUCACAGGGUCCCUAGGUGCCUCCUGUCUUGCUGGUCAUAGUUGUGGUCACUUCUUGCUAAUUAGAAUGACAUCUCUUUGGUUUCCUAUUUGCCCACCCGGCCCUAUUUUUGUUACCAAACACUGUGCUCUCUACUGUCCCCUUGCUUCAGGCUGAUUUUUCUGGAAUGAGCGCUUGAGGUAGAGGUGCUGGCCUGAGCUGUUGACACUGCUGGGUGUUUGCCAUUUUGGCCCUGUCCUUUCUGUCUGCCUUGCCCUUUUGCCUCUUAAUACUACGUGUCUGUCUUGUCUUGCUUAUGCCUGUUUGCUCUUGUCUCUGGAGCAGAUCUGCCUAAUCAAGAUGUGGCCUUUCAGUUGAUGUCAAAGAAGAGCUGUGACUGUAUGAUUCCACGCUGAGCUCUGCAGGAUAGUGCCAAGACAGUAUAUUUUUAGGAUUUCUAGGGUGAGGCUGGCAAAGAGCCAGCCUUUGUCCCUGUCUCCCGGGAAGCAAGGCACCCCUUUCCCCAACAGUUCCUGUUCAUAUGUACUGAGAACAUUUCUCCUGGGCUUCAUUGAGUCACACAGGAGAAACUGGAUGUAGAGUUAUUGGAGAUUGUGUUUCCAUCAGUGAGAGCGCAGGGCUGAGAGGUCCAAAGCUGGUUUAGAGGGCGUGUGUGCCCAUUGUGUAUCAUCUGUGGCCAGCAGUCAGAUGAGGAAGGCCUCACCCCCCAGAAUGCUGGCAUCACCUCUUCUUCCUUUAUUCCCAGCAGGCUUUGCAGGAACAGCUUAUCAGUAGAGACUGAGGGAUGGAAACUGGAGGCUCAGUGUCAGCUGGCAAACCAAGUUACUAGUUGGGACUCUGUGACCAUACUUUCCUUGGUCAGGCCCUGCCUUUCUAGAAUUUGCCCUAGCACAAGAACACACCAAGGGCCAACACCUAGCUCUUGGGGACCGUGUAGCUGAGCUCCCCAGACUCUUCCACAGGCCAAAGGGCACGUGAGCAUGCCAGCCCUCACCCCUCACCCUGCAGCUCACCUGGCACCGGGGGAGAUUGGUGCUACUUAGGAAGAGAUCACCAUACUCAACACAGGGAGGGGGAGGGAGGGGCUUCCCGUGUCGCUGCUAACGUUGCACUACUUAUGGCAAUGGAAAUGUAUCCUGAAGGUGGGGAGGAGUGUUAAUAUACCAUGUCAGUGUGUCUUGUUUUUUCUUGUUUCCUGUUUGUGACAGUAAUUCUGACUUUGAUCCGCUUACCCCGUCUUGUUCUCCUGUCACCUUAUCUUACUACCUCUCCACCAGUGAGAUCCUGGUGAAGCUCUGCCGCUGCCUCAGCCCUUCCUGGAGCCAGCAUCGUGAAACGACUAUAAGUAGCGCUGGCCCUUGAGCAGUGGACGGAUAGACGCCUUCGCUGUGUGCUGUGUCAUGGGUGAGGAGGCUGAGAGGGUAACCUCGGCCCUAACCUUUCUGCUUGUUCACACAUCAGCAAGGACUCCUUAAGGGGGGUGUUUCACUAUGACAUGCUAGGAGGAAACUGAAAAGAUAAGGCCAAGGAAGGUACUACUGAGGUUGUUUAUUAGAAUGAAAUAAGAAUUUAAAACACGUCUGCCCGUGUAUAGAGGGGCUGAUACCGAGGACUCCAAGGACCCGUCUAGUGUGUGCUGAAGGUGAGGCUUGAUAAAGUGCUGUGAAACAGAUUCUCGUGAGAUGGGGAUUUGUUCUCCCCAUCAUAAGUAUUUUAAAACGUUCUCAAGUUGUCAUCUCUGACCAAAUUCCAUAUGAAAUACCGGGAAGAGCUCAAACAAAUCUAAAAGCUUAAAGACCCUCUAAAUUUAAACAUUUCUAAAUUGUCACAGCCUAUGUCAUUGUGAAUUUAAGAAGAGUUGAAUUUCUUUCUCUGACUUCUGACUGCUUCAGAAUCACAACUUGACCAUGUUCCAAGCAAGAACCUCUUACAAGUUCUCAGAACGAGGAGAGGUGUGAUCUUAAUCCUGUACGGGUGGGUUGCUGACUGGGCAGGCCAGCCUGUUUGCUGUCAUAAGAUAAUAUUCUGUGUCCACCCCCCCCCCAAACAUUUUGGGGAAAGAUGCUGUGGCGUCUGCCUUUCUGUUUAGUUACCCCGCUUCUGCCUGCAGGAGUAGCCACUGUUGUGCCUCCACUUCUCUCUGCAGAUCUUUCUGGCACCAUCUACAUUAGCAAAACACAUACUUAGCUGAUAACUUGAAAACCUAGUAAAUUAUACGUUUAUUUUGGUUUUUCCCUGUUGGUCUUUCCUAGAAAAUGAGUUCAGGAUAGCAGCAGUUUUCUUCAUAUACUCUGUUGUGAUUUUUAAAUAAUAAAGGUUGAAGCUCAUGCUUAGAAAAGCUGUUGAGGUGGCCUACCAUCCCCUGGGGCUUGACCCUGGUUAUGCAUGUGGUUACUUAGGUGAGCCUCUCUCAUCCCAAGAGCUUACAUGCGUAGAUGAGGAGUCACUUUCAGAGUCAAGGUUCUGUAAGUGAGGACACUCUGCAUGUCCAGAACCUCUGCCAUGGCUCUCCUUUCCCAGAUACUGGCUUGACUGAGAACUUCCACUUUCAGGGUACCUGUUAGAAUUGCAGCCCUCCCUUUUUUUUCUGAAGCUCAAGGUCAAGUAAAAUGAUAAGACACCUAGGAUUAGAGCUGACCCUUAUACCACUCUGGGAGGCUGCAGUUCUCUUCUAAAACAGCCAACAUUCCAGAGAAGUGGUUCUGCAGUUAGCUGUGUACUGGUGGGUGUUGGAGUGUUUUCCUUCCAUUUUGAUCACCUUGUCUUUAAAACUGUUGAUCUCUGAAGCCAGCUCCACAACUUGCCUCCCAGUCACUUAUCUGCCCUUCUGUGGUGGUUGGUGUGCUAGGUGGUAGAAUUGGAAUCUCACCAAUCUGUGCUGUGUCCUGCCUUGGCUGGGUCCAUAUAGGAUCAGCUUAACCCUGAGAUCCAGAGAACCACUAUUACUUUCCUCCUUGAGGGAGGAAAUUAGAUAGGAACCCAGUGUCUUUCUGCAGCCCAGGAAGAAGAAAAUAAAAAUCUCCUUUCCAACA